AUGUACUAUAUAUCACCUCUUAUUGAAACAUACUUUGUGAUAGCAAAUAAUAUUUACCAAGGAUUAUCAACCUGUAAUGCAUUAGUACGUCGAAAUGAAUAUGAUGAGUUCAGUUUAAGACCUGGUCUUGAGUUGCAAGUUCCUCUCAGGUGUGCCUGUCCAACAGCAAAACAAGUUGCAAAAGGCUCAAAGUAUUUGAUGACUUAUUCAAUUGACGUUGGCGAUGACAUCCUUAAAGUUGGCAAAAGAUUUAAUGUUAGUGUAACGAACAUAGUUGAAUCAAAUGGAUUCUUGGAUGAAAAUUCUGUUCUGUAUCCUUUUACAACCAUUCUAAUUCCCCUGCCUUCUGAACCAUCAAAUUUAGAUACCAGAAAUGAGAAUUAUAGAAAACCUGUUAGGUCCUUUUCACCUCCACCGGUAGCUAAUGCUUCAAAGGGAAAAUCAAAGAGAAAUCUUUACAUAGGUAGUGGAGUUGCAACAGGCUUUGUUCUGUUACUGCUUGUGGUUUCUUGGGUCGUCCUUCUUGCUUUGUUUAAAAAAAGGGAUAGAAAAUUUCCAAGGAGGUCUUCAAGUCAUGAAGAUAUCCUCGUGGAGAUCGCGAACAUAGAUCAUGUCCCUAAAGUUUUCAAGUUCAAAGAAUUGAAGCAUGCUACGCGAAACUUUGACUCCAAGAACCGGAUAAAGGGAUCUGUAUACUGGGGAGGGUUUAAAGGGGAAAUCUUAGCAGUCAAAAUAGCAAUCAUGGAUGUAUCUAGAGAAGUGAACAUGCUGCAUAAGAUCAAUCACUUCAAUCUAAUAAAGCUUUGUGGCUAUUGUGAACAUAAAGCUUUACCAAACCAGGCUACAUCCACAAGAACAUCAACAGUAGAAACAUUCUCCUCGACAGCAACAUACGAGCAAAGAUUGCAAACUUCAGUCUUGCUAAAGAAACGGAUAAAUCAGGCACGAGUUGGGAGCUUGUUGGGACAACAGGAUACAUGGCGCCUGAGUACGUUGAGAGAGGGUCAGUGA